UGAUACUGUUAGGCUUGUCCCCUCCGGAGAGGUAAGCUGAGGCCCGCAGAACUUCCUGUCAAGCUCAGCGACACUGGAGGCGGAACUGCCCAGCACAGCACUCUCAUGAUGGCUUCGAACUCCAGUCCACAGUACAAUUCACACUCUAUGGAUAAUUCUUCGAUCAGGCGGUCUCCAAGAGAUGGCAUAAACCAAGAACACAACAGUGAUAUUCCCCGUCUGCCAGGAGAAUCCUUUGUAACAGACAAGGAAGUUAUCUACAUGUGUCCAUUUGCUGGAGCUGUGAAGGGGAAAGUAUUUAUUACAAAUUAUAAACUGUACUUCAAAGGUGAGGAUACGGAGCCAGCAAUUAUAUUGAGUGUUCCUCUUGGUGUAAUUGGUAGAAUUGAAAAGAUGGGUGGGGCCACAAGUAGAGGAGAAAAUGCAUAUGGACUGGAUAUCACAUGCAAAGAUAUGAGGAACUUACGUUUUGCUCUGAAACAAGAAGGACAUAGUAGAAGAGAUCUGUUUGAUAUCCUAACAAAACAUGCUUUUCCCCAGUCAAAUGGCCUGCUAUUGUUCGCCUUUCAAAAUGAAGAAAAAUUUUCAGAGAACGGCUGGCAAGUAUAUGAUGCAAUGAGUGAGUUCCGCAGACAGGGUCUACCCAACAAUCAGUGGAGAGUCACUUUUAUCAAUGAGCGUUAUGAGCUAUGUGACACUUACCCACCGCUUCUGGUGGUCCCAUAUAAUGCAUCUGAAGAUGAUCUCCGGAAAGUAGCAGCAUUCAGAUCCAGAAACAGAAUCCCUGUUUUGUCCUGGCUGCAACCAGAAAACCAGUCCGUCAUCAUGAGGUGCAGUCAACCACUAGUGGGUAUGAGUGGCAAACGCAACAAAGAUGACGAGAAGUAUAUGGACAUCAUCAGAGAAACGAAUGGUCAGUCAACGAAGUUGACAAUAUAUGAUGCACGACCUAAUGUAAAUGCAGUAGCAAACAAGGCUACUGGUGGAGGUUAUGAGAGUGAGGAUGCAUAUCCAAAUGCCGAGCUAGUGUUUCUUGAUAUCCAUAACAUUCAUGUGAUGAGGGAGUCCCUAAAGAAACUAAAGGAUAUAGUUUACCCAAAUGUAGAAGAAUCUCAUUGGCUUUCCAGUCUUGAGUCAACUCAUUGGUUAGAACAUAUCAAGCUUGUCCUGACCGGAGCAAUCCAGGUAGCAGACAAGGUGGCUUCUGGGAAAAGCUCUGUUAUGGUGCAUUGUAGCGAUGGCUGGGACAGAACUGCACAACUAACUUCUCUAGCAAUGUUAAUGCUGGAUAGCUAUUAUAGAACUAUAGUCGGCUUUGAAGUGUUGGUGCAAAAGGAGUGGAUAAGCUUUGGACACAAGUUUUCAUCGCGAAUAGGACAUGGUGACAAGAAUCACGCUGAUGCAGAUCGGUCCCCUAUCUUUCUUCAGUUUAUCGACUGUGUGUGGCAGAUGUCAAAACAGUUUCCAACAGCAUUUGAAUUCAAUGAGCAUUUUUUAAUUACAAUUCUGGAUCACCUUUACAGUUGCAGAUUUGGCACCUUCUUGUAUAAUUGUGAAUCUAUCAGAGAAAAAGAAAAAUUGAAAGAGAGAACACAGUCUUUGUGGUCAUUUGUGAACAGGGAAAAAUCAAAGUAUACAAAUCCUUUUUACACAAAGGAAUUGAAUCGAGUGUUAUAUCCUGUAGCUAGCAUGCGUCACCUGGAGCUCUGGGUUAAUUAUUACAUUAGAUGGAAUACCAGGAUCAGGCAACAGCAACCAAAUCCUGUGGAACAACGUUAUGUUGAGUUGCUGGCCCUGCGAGAUGAUUAUGUUCGAAGACUUGAAGAACUUCAAAUCACAAACUCACCCAAGAUUAACAGCUCGGCGACAUCACCCUCUUCACCAUCACAGAUGAUGUCCCAAUUACAAACACCAUUUUGAGCAAGAUAAUACUUCUCUACAAAGUUGAAUAGUGUGCAAGUUUUACAAAGGCCAUUUUUGAAUGAUGCCUUAUUUCUUUAAAAUCAGAAUAAUCUUGGUUGAAUAGAAAUGUGCCUUUUUAGAUCAUGUAAUCAGAUUAGCAACUUCCUUUUUUGUAUUUUGCACUACUGUGCAGCUUUCCUCAUGCAAUACGUUAAAAGAAAUUUAUGAAUGGGUUUUAACCAUUUGACAUUGGACUUUUGAGUAAAAGAACUGGAAUAGAGGCAUUUUGUUUCUGAGACCUUUACCUAAGAACUAUGGGAUUUUUUUUCUUUCCAAGUGUCUUUCCUUUGUUUUGUUCUUCUACUAUCUGUUCCAUCUUGUACAUGUUUGUUUAUAGAAGAGUAAAAGUCUGAAGUGCUUUCAUCACAAACUGGCCACAUAUAUCCUGUGCUGGUCACACACCACAAGUAAAUUGCAUUUUUUUAUGCGAGUAUGUGUGUAUGUAUAUAUAUAUAUAUGUGUGUGUAUGUAUUUUUUUAUAUAUAUAUAUAUAUAUAUAUAUAUAUAUAUAUAUACACUACAUAUAUAUUACAACCAUUACUUUUUAAGCACUGUUUUCUAUUUCUACAUAAAGUCAAACCUAUUUGUAGUUCUAGAAUGUAUGUUGAAAUUCCCAACAACAAAAAAAACUAUAUGCAACUGUAAAUAGUUAUACUACACAGAACAUUAAAGGGACAUUGUAUUGCAAAAAUUACAUGGUCUAAUUUGUCGGAGCAUGUAAUAAUAUAUAUAUAUAUAUAUAUAUAUAAUAAUUUUGGCUAAGGGAUACCAUAACACACAGACAUAUAUAUAUAUAUGUGUGUGUGUGUGCGUGUAUGUGUGUGUGUGUUUAAGUAAAUUAUUCACUUGAAAUAAUCCAGUAUAUAUAUAUAUAUAUAUAUAUAUACAUACACUCUUGAUUACAGAUAAAAGAGCACUUGUCAGGUCUUCAUCUAAUCACCCUUUUAUUAGUGAUCGUUUUUGGGGUAUUAUCCACUUCUUUAAACAUAAAAAUGGCUCCAAAAACUUUCACUAAUAAAAGGGUGAUUAGAUGAGGACCUGGUGAGUGCUCUUUCUACCUUCUGGAUAUAUAUAUAUAUAUGAAAGAUGUUUUAGUUCUGUUAAAAUCAUCAUUACAUAACAAGGGUUUGUGUACUAAUGCUGUAGCAAUACCUGUUAGAAUGAGACACAUUUUAUAUCUAGAAUUCAGUAACUCCCAGUUUAUUUUCUUGUACUUCUUCAUGGUUGACAUUUAAAAUGUGAUGUUAUGUGGAAUUUAUUUUGAAAGAAUGGACCAUGACAGAUCAUAAAUUCUAUUGAAACAUUUUACAAACCA